UCAGUCCAUCCAGACUCCUCUCCAUAUCCAACAGUGAUGCCGGCAACUCAAAUACAAGCUCUCUCUAAGUGAUUCCUUCAUCAUCAACAUCCACGAUCCACCAGCUCAACAGCAACAUCUGGCAGCUGUGCAUCCAACUCGAGGGCAUCACCUGCUGUGCUCAGGCGCUGGGCCACGAUUUCCGUCCCUUGUUGAUGACCUCGCUGUAUCCUGUGCUGGAGAAAGCUGGUGAGGAGACGCUGCUGGUCAGCCAGGCGGGACUGAGCUCCAUGUGGGACAUCAGUAAGGCCUGUGGAUACGCUUCCCUCAAGGAACUGAUCAAUGAGAACUCUGACUACCUGCUUAAUGACAUUUCACUCAACCUUCAGAGAAUCAGCCAGCAUCCACAGGCUCCACGGGUGUUGACAGUUAUGUUGACUCACUCUGACUGCAGCCUGCUGCCGCUGGUCGGGGACAUCGUUCAGGAUGUGCUGACGGCUCUGGAUCUCAGCUACGAGCGCACAGCUGCUCUUUUCUGCUCCGUGCUGCACGCGCUCAUGAAGGCACUGGCGAGGUGGUUUCCUUCCACUUGUAGCAGGACCAGUAAGUCUACCAGCUACAGGCAACGUUCCAGUGACCAGGAAGACCUCAGCAUUCGCCAAUUCCUGCUGAAUUACUGCAAACAGAAAGAACUGGCAGAGGGCAUUGGAAUAGAGGAUGAUGACACUGAAGACCAAGGUAAUAGGUCUGUCUAA